CCGCGCGCGCGCCCGUGUGUCGCGACUGUCGCCGACGGCGGGCGAUGGAGGAGCCGCCCCCGCCGCCCGCCGCCGCCAGCCCCGACCCAGCGGAUCUCGAGGCUGUGUUUCAGGCCCUCGAGGAGAUGCUUGCUUCGUCCCACCCUGAACUGGCUGCGUUUUUGGAGGAGAAUAUCAUGGGUCAAUGUGAGCCUUCAGGAGGUGAACCUGUGAGUGUCACGGUAGAAGAGAAAACUUCAGCUGGCAACGUGAGCUGUGGGAACAAUUCCCCCGAGCCAGAGGGCCCUGAUGUCCAUCUGCUGUACCUUUCCAGAAGGGCUGCUCUGCGUGGGAGGAAGGUAGUGAGGUCCAGGCCUGGGCCAGUCCUGGCAGGUGACGAUGGCUGCAGCUCUGCUGGGCCAUGCCCUGACCGUUACCAUGACCACCACAAAAUCCUUGUAAACCUCAAGAGCCUGAUGAGGGCCCACACAGAGAAGCUGGCAGCCGGCAUGGAGGCGCCCAGCCACCCACCCAGCCACUUCCAGCAGCAGUUGGGCACAGCAGUGAACGGGGACCUGCUGCAGUCACCCUCGACCCUUGGCAAGGCCAGCAAGACUGCCACACUGCAGAAUUGUUCAGUCCUCAAUCCUGUGACUGGCACUGCUGGUUCUGCAGCUUUGACCAACACCAGUGGCAGUGAUUUCCAGGGAGAAGUCAGACUAGAUAUUGCAUGUCAGCUGCUGGAGGAGAUGUUAUCAUCCAAUCCGGAAAUGGCUGCCUUUUUGGAGGAGAAUAUCAUGGGUCAAUGUGAGCCUUCAGGAAGUGAACCUGUGAGUGUCACGGUAGAAGAGAAAACUUCAGCUGGCAACGUGAGCUGUGGGAACAAUUCCCCCGAGCCAGAGGGCCCUGGUAAAAAGAGAGUCUGCAUGUUUUUAGAGAUGACUGAGACAGUUACUCUGAGCCUGACUUUUACAGAAAGGGGAGAGCGGAGUAGUCGAUCCAAGAGCUGAUGGUAGAGUUGGAGGAGCUGUUGCUUAUUUCAAAGGGUAGUUUCUAGAUCCCAGAUAACAAUACUAGUUAAUAGCUCACAAUGCCCAUUGGUUUCAACCAUUUAAGUGAGGACCAAGGUCUCUUUGUCAGUACAGAGAAAGAACAAGGCUGGAGUUCUGCUUGUGAGAGGUGAAUGUCUCUGUUCAGAGUUCUCCUGGGUGCCAUUUGCAAUGCUAGUGCUGCAACUUUUAUUGGGGUACUUCAAAACGUGAAAGUUUGGAAAACUCGGAAGAAUUCCUGUUCUUUAAACAGCAGGCCUGAAAUUCGCAAGUGAGAGCCUGUCUUUCAGGCUGUAUUUUAUAAUCUCUGAUAGAAGUACAAUUGCUAGGUGUGCUGCCAAGGGAGGCAUACACACACAAGGACCAGUAAUGACUCAGUAUUCCUUUUACU